AUGGUCUCUCCUAAAUCCUCUUUCGUUGUCUACGGCCUCGCACUCCUACCGGCUCUCGUGACCAGUUCUCCUAUCGCGUCUGGGUAUUUUGAGAGAAAACUGUUCUCGCGAGAUAACAUAACUGCAACCACAGUCACGGCUGAGCUGGGCCCGCGGCUUUCCAGUGGAUCGCUAGUUUUCGGGUCCGACAACCCACAGUGGUCCAAUGCAACCAGUAGAUGGAAUCGUUUCGUGCGGCCUGAUGUCCAGGUCGUUGUGGAACCGGCGGCGGAGUGUGACAUAGCCAAAAUAAUCAAAUACUGUAACGACAAUAGCUUCGAAUUUCUCGUGAGGAAUCGUGGACAUGGAAUAACGUCUUCCUUGUCAGCCUUCUCGGGUAUACAAAUCAAUGUGGAAGGGCUCCAAGACAUUACUGUUCAGCCAGAUGAGGAAACUGCCGUACUCCAAGCUGGAACAUCUGGUGGUCAGGUCAUAAGAGAGCUUUGGGAUCAGGGUUAUGUUACCACUACUGGAGCUACACAAUGUGUUGGCAUCAUGGGUCCAUCAUUAGGUGGUGGCCACGGGCGCUACAAUGGACUCUAUGGCUUAGUCACAGAUAACAUCCUGCACUACAACGUUGUCCUGGCAAAUGGCACAGAGAUCGGUGUAAAUGAGACGAGCCAUUCGGAUCUUCUCUGGGCCUUGAAAGGGGCUGGUCAUAACUUUGCCGCUGUCACGAGUAUUGUGAAGAAAAUCUAUCCCAAGGACAUCGACACAUGGCAUUUCCACAACUAUACUUGGACACAAGAUAAGCUAGAGACCGUAUUUGAAACGCUAAACACUUUCCACAAAAGCUAUAAUGGCACUACACCUCCUAAGAUGGGUGUCAACUACGGGUCCAUCAUUAUGGACAGGUCUGUGAGCACAGCUGAGGCGGUGCUGAAGUGGGGCUUCUAUUAUGCCGGCCCCGCAAUCGAAGCAGAAGAGCUCCUGAGACCAUUCAACGCCAUCGGUGCUGUCGCAGAGGACAUGAUUGACCUCUCAUACCCCGAAGUAUCUGACCUCACCAGUGGAGACUGUGUUUCUGGCGACUUAGCCAUAUCCAGUGUCUUGACACUAGAGUACAAUGCCACAGCGGAACGUGCACUUUACAAUCAUUACAUCGCAAAGGUGGCCGAAUACCCGGAACUUGGUGCCACCGCCUAUCUUUGGCAUGAAGGCUACGCUACUGCCGGAUACCAGGCUAUUCCUUCCGAGUCCACCGCUUACCCUCACCGGGAGGAGAACCACAUAAUGUUCUUCGCCACCGCAGUUCCGGAGGGAUCUGAACUGCUGGACGCGGCAAACGUGUGGGCCAAGGAGUCAACGGACAUCUGGAACGAUGGCCAGCCCGGUCGUCGGCCUAAGUUGUACGUGAACUACGCCAUGGGCCACGACUACGAGACACUCGAGUCCAUCUAUGGUUAUGAACCGUGGCGCUUGGAAAGACUGCGCUCGCUUAAGGUUGCAUACGAUCCAGAGGACCAUUUUCGCUUCUUUGUUCCCAUUGUAUCCAAUUCGACGUCAUAG